AUGUCCGCCCAACGCAUCCUCUUCCUUACCCACUCCGAGCAGGGCCAAAGCAACAUCCACCUCGCGACCGCCCUCGAGACCUACUCGCGCGCGCUCCCGAGCGUGGAAGUGCACCUCGCCUCCUUCGCCGAGCUGCGCCCCCGCUUCGAGAAGAUGAGCGCGCUCGUCGCUGGCGGGGAUAAGCCACCCACGUUCCACACUAUCGAAGGGUUAACGCAGUUCGCCGGCAUUGACCGCGUCGGGACCAUGCGCCACAAGCCCGCGCUCGAGUUCUGGCCCAAGUUCGCGAAUAUCAUGGUACCCUGGACGAAGGAGGAGUACAUCACCAUCCUGGACAGUAUCCUCGCCACCAUCUCACGCGUCGACCCGCACCUAAUCCUCACCGACGUCAUGUUCGGCCAAGCCAUCGAUGCCUGCGCCCUCCUCCACCGCCCCUACCACGUCCUCUCCCCCCUCCUCGCCUCCAUGGUCUGCCUCCAAAACCAGCCCUUCCUCCGCCUCCUCCUCACCUACCCCCUCCCCGGCACCGGCCUCCCCUACCCUCUCUCCCUAAAGGACAAGCUCGCCAACCUCGUCCACACCGCCUCCAUGGCCUACCACAGCCUCCGCAGCACGCAGAUCAGGGCCAUGGACGAGGCGCGCAGGGCGCGCGGCGUCCCGGGCGCCUUCCAGGGCCUCAACUGCAUGCAUGUCUCUCCGGAACGCGCGUACAUCACGCCCGGGGCGCCCGCCGCGGACCUCCCCUUCGCCGCGCCGCCCACGCUCCACCUCUGCGGGCCCAUCUGCAACGACUUCGUCCCCCUGCGCGCCAGCGACGCCGACCUGGCCGCCUGGCUCGACCAGGCGCCGACCCUCCUCAUGAUCAUGGGCACCCACUUCGCCUACGACCCGCCCCUCGCGCGGCGCGUGCUCGCCGGGCUGCUCGGCGGCGUCGACGCCCGCGCCCAGAUCCUCUGGAAGGUGCCCAACCUGCCCGCGCUCGGCGGCGUGUUCGACGCGCUGCUCACGACGGCGCGCGACAAGGCGCGCGUGCGCGCCGCGCCCUGGUUCGACGCCGAGCCCGCGGUGAUUGUCGCGCACGCGAACGUCGUCGGCUACGUGCACCACGGCGGCGCGAACUCGUACUACGAGUGCGCGCGCGCGGGCAAGCCGCACGUCGUGCUCCCGCAGUGGGCGGACACGUACUACAACGCGGUGGCGGCGGAGUACGCGGGCAUUGGCGUGUACGGGAACAAGACGUGCGCGCCGGACAUCGAUGCGACGGAGCUGAGCGUCGCGGUGAAGCGUAUCACGUCGGGCGAGGAAGGUGCUUGCUUCAAGAAGAGGGCUGAAGAGGUCGGCAUCAAGUGUCGCGAGGCGGGCGGACGCAAGCGCGCUGCCGACAUCGUCCUGAACCUUCUCAAGCCUGAGCCAGAAUCCACUUGA